UGGUAAUGCCCAGAGAAGGCUCAUGGUAAUGCCCAGAGAAGGCUCAUGGUAAUGCUCUGCCGGUGUUAGGCCCAGCGUUGGUCCCUGUGGUCCUCCUCCCCCCCACGUCUGUGUUCCCCCGUCCCGGCUGGUGGGGUGCCAUGUUUUGGACGCUGCUCCUGGCCGUCCUGCUCCUGCUGCUGCUGCACGCCCAGCUGCACGUGUGCCUGCGGGAGCUGCGGUCCGCCACCCCGGCGCCCGGCAACGCCACCCAGCGGCUGCCCGGCAACGCCACCCAGCGGCUGCCCGGCGCCAUCAUCAUCGGCGUGCGCAAGGGCGGCACGCGGGCACUGCUGGAGAUGCUGAACCUGCACCCGGACGUGGAGGUGGCCAAGGCCGAGGUGCACUACUUCAACCUGGACGAGAACUACCGGCGCGGGCCCGGCUGGUACCGCGCCCAGAUGCCCCUCUCCCUGCCGGGGCAGCUGACGGUGGAGAAGACGCCCGGCUACUUCACGGCCCCGGCGGCGCCCGGGCGGGCGCGGCGGACGGCGCCGGACGCCAGGCUGCUGCUGAUCGUGCGCGACCCGGCGGAGCGGCUGGUGUCCGACUACACGCAGGUGCUGCACAACCGGCGGCAGCGGGGCAAGCCCUACCGGCCGCUGGAGGAGCUGCUGCUGCGGCACGGCCGGAUCGACCCGGACUACAAGGCCCUGCAGCGCAGCCUGUACCACCAGCACCUGGCGCGCUGGCUGGCGCACUUCCCGCCCGGGCGCAUCCACGUGGUGGACGGCGAGGCGCUGAUCCGCGACCCGUUCCCCGAGCUGCGGCGGGCCGAGGGCUUCCUGGAGCUGCCGCCGCGCCUCUCGCCCGCCAACUUCUACUUCAACGCCACCAAGGGCUUCUACUGCCUGCAGGCCGCCGGCCGCGACAAGUGCCUGGACGAGUCCAAGGGCCGCCGCCACGCCCCCAUCGGGCCCGCCGCGCUGCGCCAGCUCUGCCGCUACCUCCGGGAACCCAACCGACGCUUCUUCCGCAUGGUGGGCCGGACCUUCGCCUGGUGCUGAGGCCCGCCCGGGCGCCACCCGCGCACGGAUUGGAUGGGGAGCAGCCCCCCCCGCCGCCGACCGACCAAUCAGAGAGGGAGGUUCUCCACGUCGCCUCCGGCCCCCUCCUCCUGAUCUCUGCGUGGCUGCUGGACUGAAGAGGCCACAGUUAAGAACAGGCUGACGACACCGACGAGUCACGGUGCGGCCACUCCCAGGCUCAGCCAAUCAGAAUAAAGAACCGGGCCGCCCAUCAGGACACGUUAAAAGUUAAAGUGUGCCAGUACAGUGAGGUCAUGCAAACUGAGAAAAUCAAAAAAUGAAAAAUUUAUCUUUCAGAACAUUUCGUGCUAAAAACUGCAAUGUUAAAAUGAAAGAUUCCACCAAUACUUUAUACACACACUUUUGCUUAACAGAAAGGCUGGAUCUGUUUGUGAUGCUUUCAGGAAACCAAUAGAACUCACACAUGGAGACGGAAUUAUAUUAAAUGACAUCACUCUUACGAGCUGUUCAGGGGGGAAUGGGGAAACCAGGACCUCUUGCCCUCAAUACAGUUUGGAGCAAAUAAGCAGCACCCGAAUAUGCCAUCAGGGAGUCACCUGGUUAACGGCAAACAGUGAGCAGGAGGACCAAAGCUGCCGUUUCAGCACUGAUUCAGAGAUAGUGGCUACAUU